AUGUCCUCUCCCAGCGAGGGGGACCCCUCCAAUGAGAAUCUGUCGCCGGACGACUCCAUGACAUUCUCAGCCGUCGCAGACCAGCAGGCGAACGAAAGCGACAUCUCCGAGGGCCUGGAUGCCCCCAACAGCCCCUCUGAACACCCCUCUCCCUCCGAUGCCGAAGCUUCAAACGACGAGGCGACCAACCACGCAGAUGUCGACCAUCACAUGUCGGAAAGCGAAGCCUCGAGUGUAGCUGACGCGUCGGACGAUGGCGACUUCGAUAUGCAAGCUACCUCGCCUUCUCAGCAGGCCAAUGACGAAGAGGACGAAAAUGAGGACGAAGACGAUGUCACAGCCGGCCGUGCCAGCUCUUCAGACUCAAACCGAGCAGCCAAGCGCAAGGCUCCAGUAGAAGAUGAAUACAUGAAGGCCAAUCCAGAGCUGUAUGGUCUUCGGAGAAGUACUCGUCCUCGGGAGCAGCGCAAAUCAAUGGUCAUUUCGGAGUCAGAAUCAGAUGUUGCGCCAACAAGUCGUCGCCAGAACAAGCGUCGCCGCGUUGAAAGGUCCCAUACAUCCUCGAAAAGGGGAACACCCGUCCUGCCACCCUCAGCCAACGAUUCCGACUCGGAUGACGCCGACACAUAUGGCGGAGCUCGCGCAAAGAGCCAGCGGAAGAAGGCCAGGCAGCAGCUCGAGAGACAACCAGCCUUGGCCCUUGCCGAGAAGCGGUGGUCGAGCCGCCGUGCGGCGCAACAAGUCGCAGAGGGCGGUUACCACGAGAGCGACUUCGAGGAUGAAGAUGAGGAAGACGCAGAGCUUGCCGCAUCCUACUACACCACCGACUAUGUCGACAACUCCCCCUACAUCGAAAAAGUAGUCAAGCAUCGACUCAGAGACGGCCACGAGCUGACCUACGACUCUACUCGCAAUGACUUUGAAUACUUCAUCAAGUGGCAGGGAAAGUCACAUCUGCACGAUACGUGGGAGUUACUCGAGACUCUGCGCAAUGUCCGCGGCUUUCGCAAGGUUGAAAAUUACUUCAGAAAAUUUGUCGACCAGGAGCUUGACAUUCGCUUUGGGGAUGACAUUCCUCCCGAGACAAAGGAGCAAUUCUUCCUUGAUCGCGAUCGUGAUGAGGAGGCUCUCGAAGAUUAUACAAAGGUUGAGCGGGUCGUCGCUGUGCGGGAUGGAGAGGACGAUGACGAGUACUUUGUCAAGUGGAAGGGUCUCACCUACGAAGAGUGCACCUGGGAGGCCGCGUCGGACAUCAGCGGCCAGUUCCAGGACAAGAUCGAUCAGUUCAUCGACCGGUCCUCAAGAAACUGGCAGUCGGACAAGAAGGAGACCAACCUCGACACCCGGUCCAAGAUGACCAAGCUGGAGAAGCAGCCCGACUUCAUCGUCGGCGGCGAGCUUCGUGAAUUCCAGUUGAAGGGCCUCAACUUCCUGUGCCUCAACUGGACCCGCGGCAACAACGUCAUCCUCGCUGACGAGAUGGGUCUGGGCAAGACGGUGCAGACGGUGUCGUUCCUCAGCUGGCUGCGCAACGCCAGGCGCCAGGAAGGGCCCUCUCUUGUCGUUGCCCCGCUCAGUGUUAUCCCUGCUUGGUGCGACACAUUCAACAACUGGUCACCAGAUAUCAACUACGUGGUCUAUCUCGGGCCAGAGGACGCCCGAAGCAUCAUCCGCGAGAAUGAGCUCCUUAUCAAUGGUAACCCAAAGAAGCCCAAGUUCAAUGUCCUGGUCACCUCCUACGAGUUCAUCCUGCAGGAUUGGCAGUUCCUCCAGUCCAUCAAGUGGCAGGUGCUGGCCGUUGAUGAGGCCCAUCGCCUCAAGAAUAGCGAAUCCCAGCUAUACCAACGCUUGCUGGGUUUUGGCAUCCCUUGCAAGAUUCUCAUCACCGGCACCCCCAUUCAGAACAAUCUGGCCGAGCUCUCUGCCCUUCUCGACUUCUUGAAUCCUGGCAAAGUGAGUAUCGAUGAGGAUUUGGACUCUCUCUCUGCUGCCGACGCCCAAGAGAAGCUGCAAGAGCUUCACCGCUCCAUUGCCCCGUAUAUCUUGCGACGUACCAAGGAGACUGUCGAGUCCGACUUGCCACCCAAGACGGAGAAGAUUAUCAGAGUCGAGCUGUCGGACGUGCAGUUGGAGUACUACAAGAACAUCCUCACGCGAAACUACGCUGCCCUGUGCGAUGCCACCAACGGCCACAAGAACUCACUUCUCAACAUCAUGAUGGAGCUGAAGAAGGUCAGCAACCACCCGUACAUGUUCCCUGGAGCAGAGGAGAGGGUUCUGGCUGGCAGCACACGUCGCGAGGAUCAAAUCAAGGGCUUGAUUGCAAGCAGUGGCAAGAUGAUGUUGAUUGACCAGCUUCUGUCCAAGCUGAAAAAGGACGGACACCGAGUCUUGAUCUUCAGCCAGAUGGUCAAGAUGCUGGACAUUCUUGGCGACUACCUCUCCCUCAGGGGCUACAAGUUCCAGAGACUCGACGGCACCAUCGCCGCCGGCCCGCGACGCAUGGCCAUCAACCAUUUCAAUGCCGAGGACAGCGAGGACUUUUGCUUCUUGCUGUCCACUCGUGCUGGUGGUCUCGGCAUCAAUUUGAUGACUGCAGACACCGUCAUCAUCUUUGAUUCUGACUGGAACCCUCAAGCAGACCUGCAGGCCAUGGCUCGAGCUCACCGCAUCGGGCAGAAGCGGCCGGUCAACAUCUACCGACUCGUGUCGAAAGAGACAGUGGAGGAAGAGGUUCUCGAGCGUGCUCGCAACAAGCUUCUCCUGGAAUACCUGACCAUUCAGGCUGGUGUUACCGAUGACGGAAAAGCCAAGUUCAAAGAGGAGCUCAACAAGAAGGGUCUCAAGAUUGACGGCCCGUCCACCUCGGAGGAUAUCCAGAUGGUGCUGAAGAUGCGAUCCUCCAAGAUGUUUGAACAGAGCGGCAACCAGCAGCGACUGGAGCAGCUCGACAUUGACUCCAUCCUGGAGAAUGCCGAAAUUACAAAGACCAAGGUUGACGACAAGAUUAAUUUGAGCAGUGGUGGCAUUGACUGGGACAACUUCAUGCAAAUCACCGACGUCAAGGUGGAUGAUAUCAACCUCGACUGGGACCAGAUCAUUCCCGCAGAGAAGCUCGCCGAGAUUAAGGCGGAAGAGGAGAAGAAGCAGCACGAAGAUUAUCUCGCACAGGUCGCAGCCGAAAGCGCGCCGCGAAGAGCGACGAUGAAGAGUCGCACCAAGGAAACGGAUCGCGCAGACCGUCUCAAGAAGCGCCAGAGGGAGCAGCAGCAGGAAGAGGAAGAGCAGCGCGCCUUUUUGCGGGAUCCCAAGCGCCCCUUGAACGACAAGGAGCAGCGAAACUUGAUCAAGGCCUACUUCAGGUUCGGUUCGAUGGAAGAUCGGAGCGCCGACAUUAUCCAAGAGGCCAAGCUUGGGGAGAGAGACCCCGAGUAUGUCAAGUCGGUCCUCGACGACUUCAUCAAGGCUGCUCAGCAGGCUGUGGAUGACAAUAGCGCCAAGUUAGCCGAAGAGGAGAAGAAGAUGGGCAAGACGUUGACCAAGAAGGACAAGAAGGCAGUCUUGAUCGACUUUGGCGAACUGAAAAAGGUCAAUGCCGAGACGGCCAUCGAGCGGCCCAAGCAGCUGCAGCUUCUCCGCCAGGUGAUUCAAAGCCAUGCAGAUUGGAGGACGUUCCGGGUGCCCGACGCCACCAAGGCCGCCAACUAUAGCUGCCCCUGGGGAGCGAAGGAAGAUGCCAUGCUCCUCGUCGGCAUCGACAAGCACGGGUUCGGCGCAUGGGCCCAGAUCCGCGACGAUCCCGAGCUGGAAAUGCAGGACAAGCUCUUCCUGGAAGAGCACCGAGUGGGCAAGAAGGAGGAGAGGUCCAAAGGUAACGACAAGCUCAAAGCUCCGGGAGCCGUCCACCUUGUGCGCAGGUCAGAAUAUCUCCUUUCCGUGCUGCAGUCCAAGCAUUCGAAUGAUCGGUCGGUCCAGAAGGCGGUGGAGAAUCACCAUCGCAACAACAAGAAACUCCACGCGGUCAAUGGCAACCGCAGCAGCAACUCAGCGACGGUUCCUUCAGGUCUCAAGAGGCAACGAGAGCGCGAGAAGGAUCGAGGAUCGUCUGAGCAGCGUUCGCGCAAUCCCGCAGAGGAGGGCGGAUUGGCGAGGCUUGACUUCAAGCGCAAGCCUGCGUCCCACGAAGACGUUCGCAGCCCCAAGCAUCGACGCUCUGAAGACCCGCGUCGGGCUAGCAAGACUGGGGAUGAGCCUCGCGACAGCCGAAUCGAGAAGCGGCGGCCCCGCGAAGACGACGAUCGCCGUGCUGACAGAUAUCGCCACCGCGACGACUAUCGCCGCGACGAUUAUCGACGGGAUGACCGCCGAGAUGACCGCCGAGAUGACCGCCGAGACGACCGCCGAGAUGAUUACCGGCGGGACGACCGUCGCGAUGACCGGCGUGAUCGAGAUCGGGAUAGAGAGCGUGACCGAGAGCGUGAGCGGGAUCGGGACCACCGCGACCGGGACCGCGACCGAAACCACGCAAGCCGGCCCCUGGACGAGCGCAGGGUCAAGGCACUGCGGAGGCUGGACGAGCUGCGGCGCAUUGGCGACGACAAGGAUCAACGAGCCAGGGACAAUGACGCCAUGAUCUGGUUCCUCUUGAAGCCAGUCAGAGAGAACUUUGAGAAGAUCCUGUCGACGACCAAGGACAAUGUCAGAUCGAGCAAGGAGCGCGCGUCCAUCUUUGGCACUGAGCUGGUGGCCAUCGGGUCGUUCCUCGACGAGAAGCUGCCGGCAACCAUUGCAGACGACGGCCUGAAGAAGAACUUUUGGGACUUUUUGGCAGCCCUCUGGCCCGUGGACGACACCACUCAGAGCGUCACAGGCGACAGACUGAGCUCCAUGUACCGCACACUCCACGCUCGAAACAAGGAGAAGAAGGCAGAAUCCGGUGCCUCAAAGCUCAAUGGCACACAUCCUGUUCGGUGA